UAGUGCACUACUUAGGGUAUGAAAUAAAGGCUACGACAGCGUACAUAGUGCACUCUAUUAGAAAUGUAGCGCUAUUUCGGAUACAGGUAACGGAGUGCAUAGUGGUUGAAGUCGGGGAUAUACUUCGGUGUGUUUUGACGCAGAUAAACUCGACAAACGGUUUUGACGGAGGAUUUUAACGCGAGUUUAACGACAGUUUUGGAAAAUAUCAACUGAUAUUAAAAAGGAGGAUGUGAUUAGAAACGGAAGGAAAGGUCUGAGAAGAGACACGUCGCGCAUUGUUUACUUUCUUGCUUCUACAUUUGAAGGGUUGCUCUCAUGCCCCUCCAUUAUUAUUGUUAUUAUUAUUGUUGUUAUUUUUUAUUUGUUAUUUUUAGAUAGUCAUGUUAUUGGUCUGUAAACGUCUCUUGUAACUGGAAGAGAUUUCUGCGUCUUUAAUUUUGAGUUCAGAUGUACAGGAUGAGUGCUUGAAAACUUUCUAGCUCCUCUGAAGUAUCUGAAUAUUUCACUGUUUAUGGAUUUCUGGAGGAAACGCGUUUAUCAUGUCGUCCCCUGAAGUGCAAUGGGAUUAAAGGAGGCGUUUGGCUCGAGCACAGCUUCAACACAGACAGCCAGGUCUGCGGAGGACAGUCACACCCUAGAAAAUGUGAAAGCCUGAUUAAAGAGUCAUCCACCACAUUACUCGUGCAGCAAUAGCAAUGGAGAGGAGCAAGCGCAACUCCAUUGCUGGGUUCCCCAGGCGGCCUGAUCGGCUGGAGGACCUGGACGGAGGAGUGUUCGAGGCAGAGACAGGCCCCGCCCAACAGGACAGGGUAUGUCCUUCUUCCUACCGUGCCCUCAUCAGUGCCUUCUCCUGCCUGACGCGCCUUGAUGACUUCAUAUGCGAACGGAUAGGCUCCGGCUUCUUCUCAGAGGUCUAUAAGGUGCGUCACAGAGCUUCAGACCAGGUGAUGGCUCUGAAGAUGAAUAAGCUGAGCAGUAACCGAGCCAACAUGCUGCGAGAAGUGCAACUUAUGAACAGACUCUCGCAUCCCAACAUCCUCAGGUUCAUGGGUGUUUGUGUGCAGGAAGGUCAGCUCCAUGCCCUCACAGAGUACAUCAACGGCGGGAACUUGGAGCAGCUGCUGGACAGCAACAAGUACCUGAGCUGGACCACACGGGUCAAACUGGCGUCGGAUAUCGCCAUGGGUCUGGCCUACCUGCACUCCAAGGGCAUCUUUCACAGAGACCUCACCUCCAAGAACUGCCUGAUCAAAUCAGAUGAAAACGUCUACACAGCGAUUGUUGGAGAUUUCGGGCUUGCAGAAAAAAUCCCCAGUCAUGAGGCCGAUGGAGAGAAGCUGGCAGUUGUGGGUUCUCCAUUCUGGAUGGCGCCCGAGGUUCUGCGAGAUGAACCUUAUAACGAGAAGGCCGACGUCUUUUCAUACGGCAUCAUCUUGUGUGAGAUCAUCGCCAGGAUACAGGCCGAUCCCGACUACCUGCCUCGCACCGAAAACUUCGGGUUGGAUUAUCACGCGUUCCAGCACAUGGUUGGAGACUGUCCUCCUGACUUCCUGCAGCUCGCCUUCAACUGCUGCAAUAUGGACCCAAAACUCAGGCCUUCGUUCCCGGAUAUCGUUAAGAGGCUGGAGGACAUCCAGCGGCGCCUGAAAGCUGAAGAAGGUGAAAGGGAGAGGAUCCAUAUACCAGCAGAGAUUGAGAAAAAGAGCAUCCCUAAAGGUGAUAAGUUCCAGGGUAUAAAGAGGCUGAACCCUCUCGGUCUACAGGAUGAUAAGAUCCCGCCCAAGUCACCUCGUCCACGGCGCAACAUCUGGCUCUCGCGCAGCCAAUCGGAUAUCUUUUCCCGCAAACCAGGCCGCAAGGUCAACGUCCAGGACCCUUACUACAACCCCGGACCACGAGGAGUCGCCAAGGUCAACCCUUUCAGCGCUCGUGAGGACCUCAAGGGCGGUAAGAUUAAAUUCUUUGACAUGCCUAGCAAGUCAGUGUUCUCGCUCAUGUUUGACUUGCACUCGCCGCGAGGCAGCAUGAGCUCGUACCAGCCUCAGACAAACACCGGCAGCUCCUGGCCUGAACUGUGGCAGCUGCCAGGACGACAGUGCCACUCUCUGCCCGUGUCUCCACAGCAGGCGCUGUCUGAGGCCUUCAGCACGGCGAGAAGUGAGGGAGGAGACAUCCGGCCUAAAGCGCUCAGCGGCUGGGCGAAGAAAUACGCCGUGCCCGAGAUCCCACCCUAUAGACCUAGAGAGCCUUCCAGAGCGAGGGCGGAGUCAGAUGAGAGCUCGGCCGAGACCGAGGAAGCCAUGGACUGCUCGAGUAGCAGAGGCAGCUUCUUCGACAAUGACGACGAUGACAAGGUGCGAAACCAGCUGUCCAACGGAAACGGGGAGGACAUGGAAGCCGAGGAUGAAGAGAACGCAUCCAGCGUGUUCUCCCUGACUAGCAGGAACCCUCUUCCUCUGAGUACGCCAGCUGAGCCGCAGGAACUGCGCUCCAUCGUUCUCGCGCCGUGCCGUGCGUCUGCGUCACCCGACCUCCUGUCCCGAUGUGACAUUUGAGAAGACGCACAUCGUUGUAUUAUUUAACACAUAAAAGAAGUUUGUAUUUUCUUGGAGAGAACACAGCGGGAUGUUUCCAACCAGACACCGAGAGCUCACACAGAUGGAGAUCAAAUGAAUGUAUUUUUACGAGCACUAUGUUUAUCUUAAUUGGACAAACACUUUUCUGUGACUCGCACAACUGCGAUAUAAAAUCGUUUUUUUUUUAUCGUAAAAGCUAGAAUUUAACAGAAUUGUGAUUUUUUUUUUUUUCCCAGGUAUUUAAACAUUAUUACAGCUAUUCACUCGUAAUUUUGCACUGUAUGUAUCUCCUCUUAAUGAGAACACCUGAUCGCUGGAAGAGAUAGAAACAUUCCGUAUGCGCAAUUCACCUGUUUUUCAGCGAGUGUUACGCUUGCAGUGAUAAAAGCUUAUUCUAAAAAAAAACGUCCAUGUCUGUAACUACUUAAAAGUUUGUAACUUGCACUUGAAUCAAGGAACUUGAUGGGUUAAUCUUUUUAAUCUUGUUGGUUUUUUUGUUGGAUUUGUCACUACAUUUCUAUGCAAUAAAUCUAACCGACGCAGACUAGUUUUAUAGUAAUAUAGAGAGAAGCUCUAUUUUGAUAUUUAUGAGAAAGAAGAAGAAUUUUACUAUGUCUUAUUUUCCCUGCUGGUCAACUGAGUGUAAAGCAUAUUAUUAUUAAUACAGUUUGAUGAGCACAAACGUAUGUAAAUAUGUCGUGUGACGUCUCGAAGGUUGUUUGUCCUGGAUGUUUUAUCAUCACACAGGUUUGUAAUUGAUGUUGAGUUGUAUAAUUUCUACCAAAGACAGAUCAGGACCUUCUUUUUUUCCAUACAAAUGGCUUCAGUUCUUUUUUUUUUUAUGUUUAAGUGCAUGUAUGUAUAUUCAGUCUUUUAAAAAGAAUAAUAAAUGAUUUGCUUUUGUGUCGUUUAAA